CUUCAAAAUCUUCACAGAUACAUCGCCUUCAUGAUGCUUGCAUUCACAUAACCUAUACUUCUAUCAAUCAUGCGACGAAACUCUAGUGUGUACAGUUUGCAGUGAACCAUCUUAACUGCAGACCACGCCAGGUACAGGAGGAAAUACAAGAGGAAAGCCGUGGUACACCGGAAUAGCGGAGGACUGAAUCGACUCUCAACAUGGCAUCCUCGCGGAGUCGAGAUGCCGAAAACAGGGGUGCAUACACAACCGUUGCACAAACCGAGGAUGCAAGUGCAAGGUUGACUGUUCACGGAAAAAUCGCAGAUGAGGGCUCGGAGGACACAGGUUUUGGACCGCCCGUUCAUAUCGGAGCUGUUCCCACACCAGAAGACGACCUCUUUCUUCCACGGAUAGCUGACAGUCUUCCUCGUGGCGCCUUCUUGGUAGCUAUCGUGGAGCUAUGUGAGCGCUUUGCCUACUAUGGCUUAUCCGGUCCAUUCCAAAACUAUAUCGCCAACGGAUACAACGAUGCCAACGGUCUUCCUGGAGCUCUUGGCCUAAAACAGUCAGGUGCUACUGCAAUGACCAACUUUUUCCAGUUCUGGUGCUAUCUAACGCCUUUGUUCGGGGCCAUUAUUGCGGACCAGUUUCUCGGCAAGUACGCAACAAUCAAAUGGUUCAGUCUAAUUUACAUGGGCGGGAUCACAAUCCUCUUUUUGACAAGCUUGCCAUGGGCUAUCCGAAGCGGGGCCGCUUUCCCCGGGCUUGUUGUUGCCAUGUUAAUCAUCGGACUCGGUACGGGUGGUAUCAAAAGUAAUGUGUCACCGUUGAUCGCAGAGCAAGUUCGGUCCAACAAGCCCUUUGUCAAAACUCUGCCAAGUGGGAAGAAGGUCAUUGUCGACCCAGAACUCACGGUGCAGAGGAUCUACAUGGUUUUCUACAUGUGCAUAAACGUUGGUUCGAUAUCUGCAAUCGCGACCACGAUGCUGGAGUUGCAUGUUGGUUUCUGGAGCGCAUACCUUUUACCGCUGAUCAUGUUUUGCGUCGGUUAUGUAAUACUGGUAAGAGGAAAGAAGCAAUACAUCAUCAAACCGCCUCAAGGUGGUGUUAUGGGCAACUGCUUCCGGGCUCUGUACAUUGCCGCAAGGAAUGGCGGCGACCUCAACAAAGCGAAAGCCUCAGCCCAAGGACAUGGAAGACUCAAGUCAAGAGUGACCUGGGACGACAAGUUCGUCGAAGAGCUGAAGACAGCGCUGGUGGCGUGCAAAGUUUUCUUGUUCUUUCCCAUAUACUGGGUCACGUUCUCACAGAUGAUGAACAACUUUAUAUCGCAAGCUGGACAGAUGGAGCUACACGGUCUUCCUAACGACAUUCUUCCCAAUAUCGAUCCCAUCACGAUCAUCAUACUAAUUCCACUUAUGGACCGCUUCAUCUACCCAUUCAUUCGUACCCGUCUGCACCUUGCCUUCCAGCCCAUAACGCGCAUUUCGCUUGGCUUCUUGGUGGCUGCACUGGCCAUGUUGUAUGCUGGCAUCCUCCAAACAUACAUCUACGCAGCGCCGCCAUGCUAUUAUAGCCCUUCGAACUGCAACGCGGGCAAAAUCGGGGAGGGAAGGUUCAAGCCAAACGAAAUCCACGUUGCGUGGCAAGCACCAGCAUAUGUGCUCGUUGCUCUUAGCGAGAUUCUCGCCAGUAUCACGGGGUUGGAGCUGGCAUAUGCGAAAGCGCCAGAGAAUAUGAAGAGCUUCAUCAUGAGCUUAUUUCUUCUCACAAGCGCCGGUGGCAGUGCGUUAGGUAUACUCAUCGCGCCUCUGGCGAGGGACCCUCACCAGCAGUGGCUGUACUUUGGCUUGGCAAGUGCGGCAGCAGUUACUGGCAUCAUCUUUUACCGGAUGUUUAAGAACAUCGAUGACAGCCCCGUCAAGGAGGUACAAAAUGCUGAGGAAUACGAAAUGGCGCGAAGAUUGAGUCCAGAUGAUGAAGAAUACUACAGCGAUGAUGCAGGAGUCGCAGAUCAUUAUACGCGAGCCUGAAGUGAGAACAGGUGCGAGAACACUGAACACGUAGUACGUUGUCUAUGGAAACAUACCUUUGGGUUUCCUAUAGCCCCCACUUCUACGACUCAAUUCUAGAGCGACACCGACGUGAACUACAGCACGCGAGCGGGGUCUUGCGCAUCAAACAAUCAGGCUGAGGCGUUAACGACAGUGCAUCCGAACCCGAUCUUACCAAUAUUGUUCGGUUCUGUGCCGUCUCUUCUGUCAUUGG